AUGGCUAACAAAAGUAAACGAACUAAACGUUCGCAAAAGAAAAUAAUCUCUCGUAAUCUAAUACUAAAACGUUAUAACAAAAAAGAGAGGAUUCAAACAGUUACAAAUAAUGUCAUGAUAACUGCAGAUUACACUGAGAUCGAUUCUUCAACAGAAGAAAAUCAUGUUAUAGAACCUUCAAAUGAAAGUAUAGAGUCUAAUGCUGUAAUAUCAGAAUUUGAUGUACCCCUCAAUUCUAUUGAUAUUUUUGACGAAACUAUAAGCCCGAUUCAAUCAGUUACACAAAAUAUCAUGAUGACAGAUCUCACUGAGAUUGAUUAUUCUACAAUAGAAAAUCAUGUGAUAGAAACUUCAAAUGAUAGUACCAUAGAGUCUGAUUUGACAUUUCCUCUCAAAGGGCGCCGCAUUGUGGAUAUGUCUCAUGUAUUUUACCAAAUUCAAAAUUCUAAACAACAUACGCCUGGUCUAGGUUGUUCAUUUAUGGAUGUAGAUUUUAUAAGUGAGUCAACCAAAGGUUUCGAGUGUAGUUGGAAAUUUCAGUGUAGAAUGUGUAAUCUUAAAACCGUUAUUACCUCGGAAAAACGAGAUCUAGAAAUAAUUCCCAUCAACAAAGCGGUAGUAAAUGGCACUAUUGCAACUGGCAUAGGAUUCACCCAACUAGCCGAACUUACAGCUUCUAUCGACAUACCAUGUAUGACCGCUAAAAUAUACUUGAAAUAUAACAACAUAGUAGGUGCAGAUAUAAAAAGUAGUGCAUGGGAUGAAAUGAGAUUAGCCGGUAUGGAAGAGAAAAGGUUGGCAUUAGAGGUAGGUGAUAUUGAUGAAGAUGGCAUUCCAAUGUGUCCAGUCAUAGCUGAUGGACAGUGGAGUAAAAGGAGCUACAAAACGAAGUACGACGCGUUAUCAGGAGCGGCUACAAUCAUCGGAUAUCGAACCAAAAAAAUAUUGUUUGUGGGAAUUCGUAACCGCUACUGUGUUAUAUGUGAGAGAGCCAAAGUACUUGAUAAGUCACCGAACUCUCACGAGUGUUUUUUAAAUUGGUCAAAAGGUGCUACAAGUAUCGAGGCUGAUGCAAUUAUAGAAGGGUUUUUGUCUAGUAUUUCAAUCCAUGGCCUAAAGUACAAUAAAUUGAUCGGGGAUGGCGAUAGUAGUGUUACUAAAAAGUUAAAUGAAGUGAUGCCAUAUGGUCCGAUGUUAUUAGUAGAAAAAAUUGAAUGCCGAAACCACAUUCUACGAAAUUAUGGCCAAAAGCUUAUGGGUCUUACCAAAAAAACGGAUUAUCCUUGUUAUUUAAGAAAAUUUAUAAGCAGAAAUAUAUUGAGAUUUCGAACGGCUGUGACUAAAGCGAUAACUCAUAGAAAAAAUUUGAAUGAUACUAUGCAAGAAAAAAUCGAAGGUUUACGGAACGAUAUAUUAAAUGGACCUUAUCAUAUUUUCGGCCACCAUUCCAAAUGUGAAAGUUAUUUCUGUUCAGGACCAAAGUUAAAUGAGAAGGACUUGGUAUCUGAAAUUAACAAAUGUGGCCUGAUGAACGAUAUUAAGUUUGUUUUACGUCGAGUAGCUGACAAUUCAAAAAGCCUUAUUCAUGACGUUGAUAAUAACUAUUGCGAACAACUUAACAGCAUCUUAAAUAAACACAUAGCAGGCAAGAGGAUCAAUUUUAGCCAAAAGCAAUCCUACAACAUCAGAGUUCAAGCAGCAAUUGUGUCAUUUAAUUCUAAAGGAAAUUUUAUUCGUACGAUGCAUAAAAAAAUCACAAACAAAAGUCCAGGAAUUAUAGCGAAAAAAUUUCUUAAAUAUACUUCAGACAAAAGAAGAAAUUUAAAAAUGCGAAGAGCACUUUUUAAAUCAUCGGGAAAAUAUUUAAAAAAAAAAAUUUCUCAAGGACCUGACGAAUUUUAUGGUUUGGCUGAACCCUUAUUAGACAUAUUGCCAGAUGCUGUUAUAAAAAAAAAGAAGGACGAAUUUAUUUUAUCAUUGACUAUGACAGAGGCGGAUAGACACACAUUGGAACGUGAGACAAUGCAUCAAGCGAAUAGUCAAAGGUGGUUUAUUGAGAGGAGAAAUAGAUUAACCGCAUCAAAUUUUGGUCGAAUUUGCAAACUGCGGCCUCAGACAUCAUGCAAAUCCACGGUUUAUGAUAUUUUAUACAAUAAUCCUACUUCAAAAUCACUUAUUUAUGGUAAACAGACUGAAGAAACUGCACUAAAAUGUCUAGAAUUUAAAAUAAACUGUAAAAUUCAGAAAUGUGGCCUAUUUAUUGAUAAGUUCAUACCAUAUUUGGCAGCAACACCAGAUGGUUUAAUUGGAAGCAACUCAAUCGCCGAAAUAAAAUGCCCUUAUUCGGUAAAAGACAGUGACACUUUGGAGCAAGCUUUACAAGAAAAAAAGCUUCCUUACAUAUGUGAAAUAAACGGUGUCUAUCAAUUAAAGAAAGACAAUCUUUAUUAUUUUCAAAUACAGGGCCAAAUGCACAUCACAGAACGUCACAAGUGUUAUUUUUUUAUUUAUACACCUGAAUGGACACAUUUAGAAAUUAUACACUAUGAUAACGUUUUUUGGAGUACAACAAUGGAAAAAAAAUUAAAAUUAUUUUACGAAGAAUGUUUACUUCGGGAAAUUAUCGACCCUCAAUAUAGUAAACGACUGUUGAAAAGCGACAUAUAUGAACCUGCGCACAUCAGAGAAUAUAUCGAAAAUUAUAAAAAAAUUAAAAAUAAUAAAUUGGGUAACAAAUGA